AUGUCUUUGGCAUUUGUCAUCAACCAGCCACUGGUCAACAGUUCGCAUAAAGCAAGUUAGCAAGUUGCAUUUUGAUAAAAAUUAGAAUUGUUUAAAAAUCCAUAAGAAAAUGCAUGGUCGCUUGAAGGUACGCACCACCGAGGAGGAAAGGGAACGCAAGAAAAAGGAGCAAGCGCUAAAAGUGAAAGCCUACAAAGCAGCCACCACCAAAAUCUAUAGCAAGAGGCAGAACCAUGAAUACGAUGAUGAAAUGUUGGCCUACACUACCCCCAUACUUCAACGAAAUCCCGAUGUGUCCACGCUAUGGAAUAUACGUCGAGAAUGCAUUCUGGCCAAGAUAAAGCAGAUCAAGGAAGAGCAAACUGACACAGUUGACGCUGAGGCGCAAGAAGAACGCAUCCUUAGAGUAUUGGACACUGAAAUUUCUCUUACGGAACAAUGUCUGCUGGUCAAUCCUAAAAGCUAUAAUAUUUGGCAUCAUCGCAUGUGGCUGCUGGAACAAUCUCCCAAAGCCAAUUGGCAGCGUGAGGUAAUGUUGUGCAAUAAGUAUUUGAAAAUGGACGAAAGGAAUUUCCACACCUGGGACUACAAACGCUAUGUAGUGGAGAAAGCCCAGGUGCCUAAGGAGGAGGAAUUGGACUUUUGUACGGAAAAAAUUAAAGUGAAUUUCUCAAACUAUUCUUCGUGGCAUCAUAGAAGUCUACUAUUGCCAGCCCUCUAUCCAUACGAGGGUAAUGCCAAACCCAAAAGGCCCAUGAGCGAGGACAAGCUGAAGGAAGAACUGGAAAUGGUACUUACAGCAGCCUUUACCGAUCCCUACGAUAGUUCGGCUUGGUUUUAUCAGCGAUGGUUAUUAGGUUACUCUCAACCGGAAUUGGCUGUAUGUGCUUUCCGAAGCAGCAAAGACAAAAGCGUUUUGUCUUUUACCAAACCCACCACAAAGCAGGACUUAAAAGUCACCCUCAUAGGCGAGGGAGAAGGCAAUAAGCUGGAAAUUACAAAUUUUGAGACAUUUAAUAAUCAAGCUUCUGAUACAAUGUUUUAUAGUCAUUCCCAGAUUGAAAAUCCCUUACUAUACCAACAUUUAGAACUUUCAUCCUCUUCUCUAAAAACCCACAUAAUGCCUCUUAAAACCUACAAAGAUGACAUUUAUUAUUUCCUACCACUGGAUGCCUCCACCAAUUAUACCCCAGAUGUUUUGGAGCAACUUAAGACACAAUUGGAAUCUUGUGAAAGCCUUUUAGAAUAUGAACCCGACAGCAAGUGGUGCCUGCUAACAUCGGCUCUCCUAAUGAGAUCCAUUGAUAGCCAUCAGUAUCAUGACAAGAGCCUGGAGUAUUUGAAGAAAUUGCAAAAAGUCGAUCAGCUUAGGGAGAACUAUUAUAAGGAUUUGGCUUCCAAAUGGAUUUUACAAAAGACUUUGUGGCAAUGGUCCAAAACUGAGAGGGAUAUGUUAAGCACAAUCGAUUUGUCACAAGAGCAGCAGCUAUCAUGCCUAGCAGACAAACAAUAUCUGGUGAUUGCCGAUGAAAUUCUACUCUCUGAGGAAUUGAAGCAACGCUAUGGCACUUUGAAGUCUUUCAAAGAUAUUUAAAUAACCACCUAAGAGAAAAAUUCCUUAAAUCGAUAAUAAUCAGCAAUUAGUAUGUUAUAGUCUGCAUCAUACCCAAUUUAUAUGAUUUUAGAUAAGCGCUUUAAUUCUUUUGACUUAGAUGUGUAUUUAUUCCACAUUUUCCAUUGUACACCAUUUUUUAGGUUGAAUAAAACCUUAAACGUUUAUGGGAACGUUCACAAGA